UUUCAGAUGUACAAUGCGGUAGAAAAACAAGUCGCCAGCCCAACGGAAAAGCAUUUAUAAAAACAGAAAAAUGUUUACGAACGUAAUUGUAGUCAUUGGUCUAUUUUUAAUCGUAACCCACGGUACUGUUGAUGCUAACUCUAAUGAAGAAUCCAAUGAAACGAGAAUGAAAACAAACAAUGAAUUAGACCCCAAUUAUGUUAAUGAAGCUAAUGAUAUAGACGAUAACGAAUUAAAAGUAGAAGAUAUAAGUAAAUUAGAACAGAGUGAGCUAAAACAGUUGAAUGUUGAAGUUAAUAAAACAGAAGAAUGUGUGGGUUCUGAAGAGUACUGUAAUAUGACCAAAGAAGAAUACAUGACCAUGUUAAAUGAUUACAUCUACCCGCAAACUUACGAAUGGGUUUUGAUUGGGACGCACACAGUGGUAUUUAUAAUUGGACUUGUGGGCAAUGCGUUAGUGUGCAUAGCUGUUUAUAGAAACCACACCAUGAGGACUGUCACAAAUUACUUCAUAGUGAAUUUGGCGGUAGCAGACUUCAUGGUGAUCCUAUUCUGCCUUCCACCUACAGUCCUAUGGGACGUGACAGAGACAUGGUUUUUGGGGAACGUGUUGUGCAAAUUGCUGCUCUAUUUCCAGUCGGUGUCGGUGACGGUGUCGGUGCUGACACUCACGUUCAUCAGCGUGGACCGCUGGUACGCCAUCUGCUUCCCGCUCAAGUUCAAGUCCACCACCGGCCGCGCCAAGACCGCCAUACUCAUCAUCUGGACCAUCGCGCUGACCUUCAAUUCUCCAGACCUGGUGGUGCUGGAGACAGUGAAGUCAGUGCCUCUUCGGUUUGACAUGGAGUACCUCGUGCAGUGCAUGGCCAAUUGGUCGCCCCAGAACGAGCUGAUUUGGCACGUGCUGAAGGUGCUGUUUAUUUACACAAUCCCAUUAACUCUGAUGACAGUGGCGUACUACCAGAUCGUCAUGGUUCUCUGGAAGAACAAGAAGAUACCUGGUCAAGCUGAAACGAUCAAGCUGGCACCUGCAGAGCAGACUCAGCUCAGAUCUCGAAGGAAAGCCGCCAAGAUGCUGGUGGCUGUGGUGGUAAUGUUCGCAGUCUGCUACUUCCCAAUCCACCUGCUUUGUAUACUCCGUUACACAGUAGACAUGGAGCAAAGCGAUGCGGUCACUUUCUUGGCGCUUGUAUCACAUGUGCUUUGCUACGCCAACUCUGCGAUUAAUCCGCUCAUAUACAACUUCAUGAGUGGAAAAUUCCGCCGGGAGUUCAGACGAUCCUUCUGCUGCUCCGUGCCAGUUCCAGACAAGUUCACGACCUUGACCAGGGUCACUACCUCCAAGGCCAGGCGGCCUUACAUGAUGGACUUCCAGGGUCACAGGACGCCUGAGAACUAUGUCUGCAGCACCACGUUUAUUGAGAAUGGGUAUAGGAAGGGGUACUUGAGAUAAGUGUGAAGUGAAGUGACAGCUUUGAAGUAAAGUGACAGUAAAAAUUUAAGAGUAGGUAAAACUCAUGACAUUGGAUGCCAUGCCAUGGAGGUGACCGGUAAAUUGUAAGUGUGAAGUGAAGUGACAGAAUUGGAAGUGAAAUGACAGUUAAUAAUAGACUUAAAAAUUGAUGGAAAUGAUUCUUCCAUGGCUAGUGAUCUCGUCAUCUUUCGGUGGUCAUCAAAUGAUGGUGAUUGUAGACUUUCAUUUACAGCUACAGAACAUAUUUGUAAAGUUAUCCUUUUUAAAUUAUUUACAUAACGUGAUUUAAUUAAAUCUAUCUGAAUUCAUACAUUGUACCCGAAGACUUUUAUGUACUCGUAUGCUUAGCGUAGGCGCAGACUAUAGACUUUUAGUCAGCCGAUAGUUGGGCCCGAUUCUAAUAAUAUGAAAAAUCGGCCGAUUCAAUGUGCGCACUUUCAUAAAUCUCCAUACUGAUUAACAGCCCGACUAAUCUGAAAUUAAAAUUCAAAUAGUUUAUUAAAAAAAUAAUUUCAUUAAAUUUAAAACACUAGUGGCACUUAUGAACGUCAAAAUACAGUAAAAAAGGUAGCCAUUAUGGGGUACUACAUGUCCCCUUAUCUUUUGGGCCAUAAUCAGUACAUAGGCCCAGGGCACUUAUACACGUCCCAAAUAUUAGCUUGCCCUACUUCCACUUCGGGACAAACAAUCGGCUAACUGAAAGUGGUCUGCACCUACUCUUAUGAAUAGUUAAAUCUAUAAUUACAACAUGGGUGUGUUUGCCUAAAAUCAACCCACGUAAACAUAAAUUACAUGAUACACAAAAUGACAUCGUUUUAACAGUGACACAACACUUGGGGCAUAUCAAAAUCUUCCUCUAUCCGCUUCGCUCCUAAUCGACUAAGGCUGAUUGCACCAUCCAACUUUAACCGUAACUAUAACGAUAACCGGUGCUUUUUGUAUGGGGUUCAUUCAACAGAUUUUUGAUGUUUGUUAAGUUAAAGUAAGAUGGUGCAACGCAGUCUGAAUGAGUUAAACUGAAUUUACGUCACUUAGCAGUUAUCGAACAGCUUAUCAAUAUAAAGUAGUAAGUAUUGCUAUAUCAAAGUCUUUGGAUGUCUUUUGAUAGAUUACUUAUAUUAGUGGUAUAAAUAAUUGAUCUACCUUUUUUCUAAAUGUACCGAUGAAUAUCUAUUGGUUUAAUUGUUAAUGACCAUGGAAUACCUAACAACUUAGUCAACUGAGCUUUAAAUUGACCAAUUGGUUUAAUUUUGUAUAAUAAAUUUGGGUAGGUACACCAUAUUUUGAAAUGACCUUUAAAACUCGAUUUAAACUGAAAUAAUAAAUCAUAGUUAAAUAAACGAAACCAUACAAUUGAAUCAUCAAUGAAGUUUAUAAUGCUAGUUUGAAUUGAGUU